UGUGUUUGACGACAUCCUUUUUAUUUGUUUUGAUGCUCGUCUUUGUCAGUGCAGAGAACGAACAUUUGUCAAAGCCUAACUCCCUUGGCAGCGACAUUGCAAGACACCGAUAUAAACGGGGUUUAUAUCCAGGUCAGAAUGAGUACGAGUACUUCCGGCAAUAUUUUGGAGAAAGAGGCCUUGAACAGGAAUUUCGCAGCGCCAUACAGAAGGGAAGGAUAGAAGACUGGGGGCGUUUGAAUGUCAAGAAUUAUGGGGAUGCCGUUAGAAGUUCCACACAGUUUUAUGCAAACCAAGCCGAGAGAGGUGUGAAUGUGGAAACCCAGUUAGAUAGGAUGGAGAAGAUAAUAGAUGACCGGUAUCGAAGUGCUUCUCGUUUUGGUGGACCAGAUAAAGCACACCAACGUGUGAUUGAUGGCUGGAAAGAUGGACGAAGUCGUGUUAAAGAAGGCAAGUCCCGGUCUGUAAGCUUCCGGUCUAAAUCUAACUGUGGCCGCAAGAAGAGAGGUAUCGGUGCAUUCGUCAAACUUAUUGUACGUCUCAUUGGGCGCCUGGCAUCGAAAGGGAGGUCUUUCAAAGGUUUAACACGAAAAUUUUCUGGCAUUAGACGUUCAGGCACAAGAAGAGUGAGAUGUUAGUCUAAAGAAAAAAUGAGUUUCUUAUUCAUUAGAAAAACGUGGUGUUGGGUCUCAAUUGACUUCAAUUAAAUGUAAUUAUAUGUAUACUGUAUAUAAAAAUAACAAUUGAACAAUUUUCAAAU